CUUGCAAAAUUCAGUAUUUUUUUUUACUGAAAAAUAAUAAAGGCCUUAAACGGAAUAGACAAAAUUCUAAAGAAAAUUCGUAAAACAUCACAAAUUGGUGCAAAUGAAUGUCGCUUCUUACCGACAGUCGGUAAACGAAACGCUACAUGCUUUCGUUUUACAAAUAGAACAAUUUUUGGAAGUUUUCUGGAAGACGAUAAAACAAAUACAUCAAGAAUUAUCGCAAUCCACCAGCUGGGAGAGUCCCAUUGAGUUUACAGAUUUACAAAGAACUUUAUUUAAAGUUUUAUUUAUAUUAUUAUUAUUCACUGGAGCCUUAAUUGCGUAUUCGUGGCAAGUUUAUGGUAAAGUGAUAACUGAAAAAUUUGUAAGACCAAGUACCUUAAAAGAGAUUGAAGAGUUGAAACUGUCGGUAGCCAAGUUGAAAUUACCUAAAGAACAUUCACCUAGAAUCUAAAUUUCAAAGUUUUUUUUGUCUAUA